AUUUGGAGAACAAAAGCCAGGAAGCUCAUUGGUUAGGUUAGCUUUUUUUUUUUUUUUUUUUGUCAACCCAUUUUCUUAUUAACAAAACCAAGGUUAGCUUAAUCAGUGGAUUUUAUUAUUGACGACGAUGAUGAUAAAUUAAAUUAGGUUUUUUCUGACUUCUUUAAAACCCCCUCUUACAAACAGAAGCUCCCUUUUUCAGUAGAGGUCCGAUUCCCAAUCCCUCAGAAAAGAAAAAGGCAAAGCAUAGAGAAGAGAUUGAUAGAGAGAUAAAGAGAGAGAGAGAAACUCCAUGUUCGAGCAUACUCUAUUGUCUCUUCUUCUUCUCCCAUCGCUUCUAUCUCUUCUCCUCUUCUUGAUCCUCUUGAAGAGAAGAAGUCGACACAGAUUCAAUCUCCCUCCGGGAAAAUCCGGUUGGCCAUUUAUAGGAGAGACCAUCGGUUAUCUCAAACCGUACACCGCUACAACUCUCGGUGACUUCAUGCAACAACAUAUCUCCAAGUAUGGGAAGAUAUACAGAUCGAAUUUGUUUGGAGAACCAACGAUUGUAUCAGCUGAUGCAGGGCUCAACAGAUUCAUAUUACAAAACGAAGGAAGACUAUUUGAAUGUAGUUAUCCUCGAAGUAUCGGUGGGAUUCUUGGGAAAUGGUCGAUGCUUGUUCUUGUUGGAGACAUGCAUAGAGAUAUGAGAAGUAUAUCGCUCAACUUUCUAAGUCACGCUCGUCUCAAAACGAUUCUUCUUAAAGACGUUGAGAGGCACACUUUGUUCGUUCUUGAUUCUUGGCAACAACAGUCUGUUUUCUCUGCUCAAGAUGAAGCCAAAAAGUUUACGUUUAAUCUAAUGGCGAAGCAUAUAAUGAGUAUGGAUCCUGGAGAAGAAGAGACAGAGCAGUUAAAGAAGGAGUAUGUGACUUUCAUGAAAGGUGUUGUCUCUGCUCCUCUCAAUCUCCCAGGAACUGCUUAUCGUAAAGCUCUUCAGUCACGAGCGACAAUACUGAAGUUUAUUGAGAGGAAAAUGGAAGAGAGAAAAUCAGAGAUUAAAGAAGAAGAUGAAGCAGAGGAUGAAGCAGAGAUUAGUCGGAGUGACCAUCAUUAUGAGAGAAAACAUAGAACAGAUGAUGAUCUUUUGGGAUGGGUUUUAAAACAUUCGAAUCUAUCAACGGAGCAGAUUCUCGAUCUUAUUCUCAGUUUAUUAUUUGCUGGACAUGAGACUUCCUCCGUCGCCAUUGCUUUAGCUAUCUACUUCUUGCAAGCUUGUCCUAAAGCCGUUCAAGAACUUAGGGAAGAGCAUCUUGAGAUCGCGAUGGCCAAGAAGGAGCUUGGAGAGUCAGAAUUGAAUUGGGAUGAUUACAAGAAAAUGGACUUUACUCAGUGUGUAAUAAAUGAAACUCUUCGACUAGGAAAUGUAGUAAGGUUUCUGCAUCGUAAAGCACUCAAAGACGUUCGGUAUAAAGGAUACGAUAUCCCGAGUGGGUGGAAAGUGUUACCAGUGAUCUCAGCCGUACAUUUGGAUAAUUCUCGUUACGACGAGCCUAAUCUCUUUAAUCCUUGGAGAUGGCAACAGAAACGGAGCGAGUGUAAAUCAAACAAUCCUGUGAAAAUUAAAGUAAGAGAGAAGAGACGUGGUGGUGUACGUGAAGACAAUUAAUUAGUAGGAUGCAAAACAACGGAGCGUGCGGGUCGUCUUCGUCAGGAUCUGGUAGUUUUUCAACGUGGGGGAACAACUUCAUGCCGUUUGGAGGAGGGCCAAGGCUGUGUGCUGGUUCGGAGUUAGCGAAGCUAGAAAUGGCAGUGUUUAUUCAUCAUCUUGUUCUUAAUUUUAAUUGGGAAUUAGCAGAAGAUGAUCAACCAUUUACUUUUCCUUUCGUUGAUUUUCCUAACGGUUUGCCUAUUAGGGUUUCUCGUAUUUUGUAAAAAAAUAUUAAAUAUUUCAUUUUAUUAUCUUCUUUUUAUAUAUUUUAAAUCA